UGUAGCGACAAUAAUAACAGUAAUGAUUCUAAACAUGCAGCAGUGGAUGAAGGAUAUAUGGAUUAUGUGGCUGAACUGGUGGAGAGAGAGAUUGGUGGAGAUGUUAAAUCUCUAAAGAAAGUUCAUACGCUGCUGGAAAAACUCACAGCAGAGAAUAAAGUGUUAGAGAAGCAGGUGGUGACCGUAUCCAGCUCAGUACCUUUGCGUGUAUCAGCUGCUCUUGCUACUGCGGAGGAAUCCCGGGCCAAACUGGAGACAUUACAUCAGAGAGAAAGACUCCUCUCGAACACCCUGCAGCAACAUCUCCAGGGUGCACAGACCUGGGCAGACAGCCUCGGGAGAACUCUGGGAGAGCUGGACAUACUGGAGAGACACAUGAAGUACCUUCAGUGUUUGUCUCGGAUUGAGGAGCUCAGUGACAACAUUCAGCAGUUUCUGAUGACUAACUGUAUAUGGGAGGCGAUCGGUGCAGUAGGCCACAUGACGACUCUGGACAAGGGUCUUCAAGAGUCAGGCUGUGCCCACCUGCAAGCCUUCCUUAGAGAGACGCUGCACUUCUGGCACAAGAUCCUAAAAGACAAGCUUGCUAGUGAUUUUGAGGAGGUGCUGACUCAGCUGCACUGGCCCAUAGUUUCUCCCCCGACACAGUCUCUCUCCCAACCAGCUAACGCUCAGGAACUUAACAGCCAGCUGGAACUGCUGGUCUCACAGCUCAUCUCCCUGCAGACCUCUGAUGACCUCAUAUCUGAGAACAAAGAGGUGCCCACACACACCGGCCUGCCUCAGACUCCUCCACUCUCACUUCCUGUUCAGAUCAUGCUGCAGCCCCUCAGUAAGAGGUUCAGGUACCACUUUACUGGGAACCGGCAGACCAACUCACUAAGUAAGCCAGAGUGGUUUCUAACCCAGGUCCUCAUGUGGAUGGGACAUAAUUCGACCUUCAUGGAGGAGAAGAUUCAGCCCAUUCUCGAUCGUGCUGGGGCUAAUGUCAAUGCCAAGGUGGAGCUUUGCAGAGGUCUUCUCACACUGGCCCAGGAAAAGCUUACCCAUGAUGCCCCUCGGCUGCUUUACGAUGACGGACUCUUCUGCCACCUGGUGGAUGAGGUGCUGCAGUUUGAGAAGGAGCUGCGCAGUACACAUGCUUACCCUAGCGACCACCCCGGAGCACUGCACAUCCUGCUGGAGGAGAGCGUCUUCCAGAAGUGGCUGAGUGUAGAAAGGAAAAUGGCACUGGAGAAGAUGGAUGCCAUGCUGUCUGUAGAGGGAGCCUGGAGCUCUCAGUACAAAGACAUCACUGAUAUGGAUGAACUGAAAGCACCAGACUGUGCUGAGACUUUUAUGACGUUACUGCUGGUCAUCACAGAUCGGUACCGUUCUUUGCCUUGUCCUCGAGCUCAGCUCAGCUUCCUGGCUCUACAGAGAGAACUGGUGGAUGAUUUCCGUAUCCGCCUCACCCAAGUGAUGAAGGAAGAAUCCCGACAGCCUUUGGGUUCCCGCUACUGUGCCAUCCUGAAUGCUGCCAACUACAUAUCCACCGUUCUAAGCGACUGGAGUGACAAUGUGUUUUUCCUGCAGUUGCAACAGGCCGCUGUGUCAGUGGGUGAUGAAGUGCUGGGGCCCCUGGGUGCCACAGAGACUGGGCGACUGGCCUCUCUUGAGGGCUCCCUGUUUGAGGAGCUGCAGGCUUUGCUCGAGAGACUAAGAGGUGACAUGCUGGGCCGCCUGCUGGAUGCAGUUAUGAGAGAUGUGAAGGAGAAAGCACAACUGUAUAUUAGAGACAGGUGGAUCUCAUUGCCAUCGCAGAGUGACCAGGCCACCAUGUCUCUGUCCAGCUCUGCAUGUCCCAUGCUGCUGUGCCUGAGAAAUCAUCUGCUUCAACUGCAGCAGCUACUCUGCCUGCCUCUCUUCCAGAUGUUCUGGCAAGGCCUGGCAGAGAGACUUGAUCUCUUCCUCUAUCAAGACGUAAUUCUGUAUAAUCACUUUAAUGAGGGUGGUGCUGCACAGCUUCAGUUUGACAUGUCCAGAAAUCUCUUUCCCUUGUUCGGACACUACUGCAAGAGACCCGAGAACUUCUUCAAACACGUAAAGGAAGCCUGCGUCAUUUUGAAUCUGAAGGUCGGCCCAGCUUUAUUGCUGAGCGAUGUGCUGAAGCAGGAUGAACCAGAGGAGGGAGAGGUGUCUCUCAGACCAGAGCAGCCCACACCUGAGUCAGCUCUGAAUGAACUGGGGGUUUAUAAACUGUCCCCGGCUGAUGUGCAGAUCCUCCUGAACCUGCGUUCUGCCUGGCUUAACCACUGACCGAUAAGAUGUAACUAACUAAUGCAGCAUCAUGGAUCAUCAAUAUUGAAAUAUUCAGCUGAGGAAAAAACUUUAUUGGAUGUACCAAAAAUGGGCAACAGAAUAAAGUUAGACAUAAGUUUGGGUGGGUGAUGGAAUCCACUAUAUUGCGACUGCUGUUUUAAGCGGUAAUUUAUUUGGGGGGGAAAAAGCCGUGAAAGUUCAAGUCUUAAGCUUGAACAUAUGUUAUAAAUUUAGUGGCUGUGUAUUCAUUCUCAAAAUUAAUUGUCACUACAUGUGGUUCCUCCUCAUUUUCUGUUUAAACAUGAUGUAUGGUCUAUACAAUUUUUU